CACACGUCGUUGCCGUUCGCAUCGUUGCUCGCGCUCGCCAGUCGUCGCUAGUUGAGCGCGAGGUGCGUAAGGUAAAUAAUGGCGGAGCUGUGCGUGCAUUGUUGUUACGUGUAGGCGAUAAUGGUUAUUUGUAUCUUGGCACGUAAGCGUACGAGGUAUCGGUCCAGUUGGAAAAGAUGCACCAGUUGAGAAACGUUCCCGCCGCGUCGCAAAUGUGAGAGCGACGCCCGCGAGGCGCGAGGACGCGCGAGGGACGGAGCCCUCGAAAGAGAGAGAGAGAGAGAGAGAGAGAGAAAGGGAGAGAGAGCGAGUCUCGCGGUUGUGUGUCGUAAUUGUGGAACAAACAGCACACCCGCCGCGAAGUUUUCCCGAGACGAGAGACGACGACGUUACGCGCCACCCCCGUGGUUCCGCAUCUCGAAUGAGGGCGAGAUGAGCCGCGGAUGGUUCGUCGCGCGACAUGAACCGGUCAGAAGGUAUUUUUGAUAACGCCGCCCCCGUCACCCCCUGUGAUGUGAGAAGAUCCUGACGUACGUGGUGCUCGCCCACGACGUACGACGUGCGCGCGUGUUUACUUGUGCCUGUACGGAGAUCUGUUCCCCCCCUCCUCCCCGUUUCUUCACGUCGUUCUUCAUCAUGGUGCACGGCAACAUACCGAACGCAUACAAAUAUAACUUCUGGGCGGAGAGGCCCGGGGACGCGCACGAGGUGGUGGAACUCACGUGCCUGAUGCCAAAUGGUGUUGUCAUACCGUUUGAGAUCAAUCGCAAUAUUACCUUAGAUCAGAUCAAGGAGGAUCUGUGGGAUGAGGCUACUAAAUAUCCUCUUCACGGAACACUGAAAGACGCUCCAUCAUAUGUAUUUUCGUAUAUAAACUCAAACGCAGAGGUAGAAGAGGUAGAGGAUGAAACAAGACGUCUGUGUGAUAUAACGCCCUUUUGUUCGAUAUUAAAAGUUAUAGAACGUGAGAGUAUAAAAAGUGAUAAAAAUUUAGACUCGAUAAUUGGUCGCUUAAUUGGUAAAGGGUUGCACGAGUUUGCUGCCCUGAAGAAUUCCGAGGUGAACGAUUUCAGAUGGAAGAUGCGACUUUUAGGGGAUGAGGUGGCGUUAAGUAGACAAAAGAGGUGCUGGACGGAAAAAGUGCAUUAUCAGUUUCCUUCGAGGAUAUCGCCUAUCGUACCUAAGAAUAUCGAGUCCCGUUUGAAAGACGGAAAUAUCGUUUUAGUUACUAAAUUCGAAAAUUCGGAGGUAUCGUUUACCUUUCAAAUAGCUCACACUAUUACGCCUCCCAAACUGCUCGAGGCAAUCCUGAUCAAGAGGACAAAUACUCUUAAGACUCGCGGCGAACCAAACGACUUUACGCUUAAAGUUUGCGGAAAGGAAGAGUAUUUGAUGGGCGAUAAUAUUCCUCUUAUACAUUUUGGUUAUAUUCAAGAUUGCCUGGCGAAAGACGUUACACCUGUGCUGGUUACGCUCAGCAAACAGAGCGUGCCUGUGGACCAAGAUAACGUCUUUGACAAUCCGGACGUGGAUACGUUGCAACGCACGAAGCCAUCGUCCUCUACGUUAACGUUACGUAAAAAGGGCAAGCAUAUCUCGGCAUGGAAAAUUGAAGAACCUUUCUUUUUCACUGUAAACGGAAUUUCUCGACUUAACUGCGAUGCCACACAUCGUACUGUAGAGAUUGGACUGCAAGCUGGCCUCUUCCAUGGUGGUAAAUCCUUAUGUGAAAGUCAGAAAACCAAAGAAGUUAUUGUAAGUGCCGACGGUAGUUGUGAAUGGGAAGAAACUCUCAAAUUCGACAUUAAAGUCAGAGAUAUACCGCGGAUGGCACGGCUGUGUUUUGUAUUAUACGAGAUCAGUAAAACUGCAAAGGGUUUAAAGAGCAGGAAGCUGAUUAGGGAUUCGAAACAGGAAUUCUUCAUAAAUCCUCUGUGUUGGACGAAUACGACGGUAUAUGACUUCAAAUCACAGUUAAAAACGGGUGCUAUGACAUUAUAUACGUGGACGUAUGCGGAGGAUAUACAAAAUGAUGAUUUACUUCACCCUCUUGGGACAGUGGUCUCCAAUCCACAUAUUGACAGGGCGGCUGCUCUAAUGUUAACGUUUCCAAAUUAUGGAAAAGAUCAAUAUGUUCUAUAUCCUACGCCAGAGAAAAUGGUAGAAUAUGCCCAAACAUUGCGAGAACAAUCUAACGAGUGCUUGGCUAAAGACGAAGUUAAUCUGGAAGAGUCCGAUAUUAGUCAACAAUUAGAACAACUGAGAUUACUAGCCGACAGAGAUCCGCUGCACGAAUUACACGAACAGGAGAAGAAGACAAUGUGGACGUUGAGGCAUCACUGUCUUCGCGAGAUUCCGACGCUUCUAGCUAAACUGUUACAGUGUGUCGAAUGGAACGAUCAUAGAGAAGUUGCGGAGGCCACGGCACUUGUACAACAAUGGCCGAAAUUGCCAGUAGAGAAAGCGUUGGAGUUGUUAGACUAUGCCUACGCUGAUCAAAACGUCAGAAAUUUCGCCGUUCGUUGUUUAAGAGAUGUUAGCGAUGAGGAUCUCAGUCUGUACUUGUUGCAGCUGGCUCAAGUCUUAAAACAUGAGAAUUAUUUAGCAUGUCCUCUGACAGAGUUUCUUUUAAACCGAGCACUUAAUAAUCAAAGGAUAGGACACUUUUUAUUUUGGCAUCUGAGGUCAGAAAUGAAGGUUGGCUCGGUGUCUGUUCGUUUUGGUCUUAUACUGGAAGCAUAUUGCAGAGGAAGCGAACAGCAUAUGCUAUCGUUAUCUAAGCAGCUGACCUUUUUGGAAAAAGUGAAGACUGCCUCGGAGCAUGCGAAGCAGAAAAAGGAUCGUAAGGCGGCCCUUCAGGGCUUUCAAGAGAUUAUUCAGGAACAGCAUUGCCAGGAGGCGAUAGCCGACGUCCUUAAUCCUCUUGACCCGAGUUACAGAUGGAAUCGCAUCAAAAUCGAAAAAUGCCGAGUCAUGGAUAGCAAGAUGCGCCCACUCUGGUUAGUUUUCGAGAACAGCGAUUCUUUUGGCGACGACAUUUACUUAAUACUCAAGCACGGAGAUGACUUGAGACAAGACAUGUUGACACUUCAGAUGAUACGCAUUAUGGAUAAGCUCUGGAAGAAUGAGGGCUUGGAUUUACGUAUGAAUCCGUAUGGUUGCAUAUCCACGGAGAACAAAGUCGGAAUGAUAGAGGUAGUGCUAAACGCGGAGACAAUCGCAAAUAUUCAGAAGGAAAAAGGCACGUUUUCCGCAACGGCCGCCUUCAGAAGAGGUUCCUUGUUAGCUUGGUUAAAGGAUCACAAUCACACAGAGGCGGCGUUGAAUAAAGCGAUCGAAGAGUUUACCUUGAGUUGCGCGGGUUACUGCGUGGCGACGUACGUUCUCGGGAUAGCCGACCGACAUUCUGACAAUAUAAUGGUUAAAAAGACUGGACAACUAUUUCACGUCGAUUUCGGUCACAUUCUGGGUCACUUUAAGGAAAAAUUCGGAUUCAGACGCGAACGGGUGCCCUUCGUGCUGACCAAUGACUUCGUGCAUGUCAUAAACAAAGGUCAAACGAAGAAAGGACACGCCGCCGAGUUUCAAAGAUUUCAGAGUCAUUGCGAGCAAGCAUUUUUAAUUCUACGCCAACACGGUGGACUUAUACUGUCUUUGUUCGCCAUGAUGAUAUCUACCGGACUACCUGAACUCUCGUCAGAGAAAGAUCUGAAUUACCUUAGAGAUACCUUGGUUCUAGAAAUGUCCGAAAACGAAGCACAAAAGCAUUUUAGAAGCAAAUUUGACGAAGCCCUCUGCAAUUCGUGGAAAACGUCGUUGAAUUGGGCGUCGCAUAAUAUGUCCAAGAACAAUAAGACGACGUGAAUAGCAACAAUCUCUGAUAGCGUGAGAAAUUCUACGCAUCCAGGAACACUGUCAUAACGUCGUCGAACGUUGCGUCGCGUUACAAAAUGUGAUGUUAACAUAUACGCUGUGACAUAUUUGACGAGUACGUCGUUGAGUUACUUGUCUGAGACUGAAAGAUUGAUAAGAAAAAAGGAAACUGAAGCUGCCGUUUUUCGACGGAUGUUGUGUCGUCAAGAUAGGAAAUCCACGACCGUAACCAGUAUUGAAGACUGUAUAAAGCGAUCGUUGCCGUUAGUAUGUUGCCGUUAGUCAAUGGACUUGUAUUGUCGAGAGGUGAUGUAGUAAAAUGAUUUCUCGAAAUUCGGAUACAUUCGUACAGUUUUAGAGCUCUACUUUGUGUAGCACAAGCAGUUUUGGUGCCUACGUUCCAUCUUAACUACGAACGUACGGUACAUAUCAAUUGAAUCACAAGAACGCCCUUCUAAGUUCUUCUCGAUUAAAAGACACGAUUUAAGACUUUUUGAAUUUCAUUAAUAGAUUUUAAAAUUGUUAAAUUGGUCUCUUGAAAGACUAUUUUUUGUUAGACAAUUUAACGUCGUUAAGUUAUCAUUCUAAAAUUAUUUAUCACAGUAAGCCUGUGAUGGUUCACGAAUGUUAUUUGCAACAACAAACCGCUAAAUAUCUCAUUGCCGUCUCGUUAACAUAAAGAAAUUUGAUUUUAACUUUAUACGUAAUAAAAUAGUCAUUUGCUCUGCAAUUUAUCGCUAAUGUAAUAACGAAAAUUUGCGUUGCAACGUUUAAUUUGAUAAAAGCGAAAAGUGAUCGUUUAGAUAACGGCUGAUGCGGUUCAUUCUACUUCAUUGGCAAUGCCAGUGUGAUAACCUAAAGCAAUAUCUAUUUUGCGAAAUUGUCCACAACAGUAAAAGUAUCCUGACCAAACGAUCGACUUUGGACGAUCUUAAUCGAAAUAAUUAAGUGUACUUACAAUUCGAUGGCCAUUGCGAUUGUAUGUACAUACGACAAAUCAAAUUUUACGGUACAAAUAAUUAUACUACGAUUGCAAUUUCCAAAAUCGGCUUCAAUUUCCACUGAAUGUCUACUAUUUUUUUCUUUCGUUUUGACUAUGAAUCGAAAUUGCAAUCACUAUAAUUAUUCGUUCAUCAGUUCUUUUAUUUUUUUUUAUUUAUAAUCAUUUGUAUAAAAUUUGAUUUAUUCGCACGUACAAUACCGCAUCUCAGACUCUGGCCAUCGAAUUGUGACUAUAGCUGUAUGUUAACGAGUCAAAUUUGAAAUAAAAUCGAACAUUUCGUUUAAACACGAUUGUGCGACUUGCGAAUUAAUUGUCGAUUUGCGCUCUGCCGACAGAAGGUAUUUUUCGUACGAUGAUUUUCUUACAUAUACAUUCGAAAGUUUAUAUCUCGUUUAACAGAAAGACGAUGUAUUUUGUACUGUGGUGACUGGUUAAAAUUUCUUAAUUAUCAUCACCCGUGAUAUCGUGUUUUGAAGUACAUAUACGCGAAAAAAUAACGAAAAAAAAAACCACUACGAGAGAUAUAUAUUUUGAUAAAUAUACUGCAAUAUAUUAUUAUUAUUAUUAUUAUUACCCACAUAGCGAUAGUUAAAUCAAUAGGGCCAUUCAUACUUCAGCGCUGUCCUACGUAAAUAGACCGCUACGCUUUCUAAAACGGCUCUAAAACGCACGACCGUACGCGCGCUCCUCAUAAUGUAAGAUAAGAUAAUGAUCUCUAAUACACUAGGAAGAAAUAAAUAAUGUUGCAGAUUGCGUCAAUGCUGCAUAUCCAUAUCAUCAUCCUCUUCUCUUACUAGCGCAUUACAUUUACAUUUUCGAGAGACAAACGAGGAAGGAAAAAGGAACUUCAUACAUACAGCACUACAUAGUUACACUAUAAUACACGUAUGUACAUCUCGAAGCCAUCCUGAUUUUGAUUUCUUUGUAGACGGAUUUGCGCGGGUCUCAACAGAGCGUAGAUAGGGCGAGGUAAAUAUGCAACCGAUGGAGAGGGGCACACGUUCCUUCGACCAAUCUCCAUGCGCGUAUACCGUGUACGCAUGUUCUUUCACAUUGUACGCAGGUGUUCACGUAUCCGUGAUACCGCAAUCCGCCGGGGAAAAGAAGCCGGUCUGUUCGUCGAACGUAUUUUUCGCUACACACUAUCUCGGGCAAUAAUCUGCCUUUUUUUUGUCUCACAGUUCUAGAACAUGUUAUUUUAUACGAAACGUGCAUAGAUUUUCUGUACUGGUCAGUGUCUGUUGUAAAUAAAAAAAAAA